UCUGGCGAUUCAGGAGAAAAGAAUAGCUUCGUGUCCCCGUUUCGCGCUCUCUCGCCAACAUGACAGAGCCGACGGAGCAACCCGAUUGGUUACAACUUCCCGGUGACCUCGUCGAAACAAUCAUACACCGCCGGUUAACAAAACUACAAGACUUCAUCCACUCCCGAUCCGUUUGCAAGCAGUGGAGAUCGCUCCCCCUGCCGGAGUUCCGCCAAUCCCUGCCGUGGCUGGUCUCGCCGUGCAAGUCAAAGUCAGCAAACAAGCCCAAAGCCGUCGGUUGCAACGGCAAUUUGCAUCGCAUCACGGACGUGACGGCGACGGCGACGGAAAUUAAAAACAAGAAGCCCCGCCUCCAGCACGUCAACUUAGCCGACGGCCCGCGGCGGGUCGAGGUUCAGUGUCUCGGCUCGGCCUUCGGAUGGCUGCUCCUAAAAGAAGAAAGAUCAUCGCCGCCGUCGUGGGGCCCAAUCCUGUGCUUGAUGAAUCCAUUGACGAGAAACAAGAUCUACCUCCCGCGGGAGACGACUGCAGGACAGGGCACCUGCGUACCGUGCUGCAUAGCCAGGUUUCUGAUGUCGGCCGCCCCGACGGCGACGAAGACAGAGGAGUCCAUCACGGUGGUGUUGUUGUACCAGGACGGCGGCGGAGGACUGGCUUUCUGCAAGCUUGGGUGGGACGAGCGAUGGACAUUGGUCCCUUUCCACGAUCACCUCCCGAGGAAUAAGGUCGCGGAGAUUGUAUCUUGGAGGGGUAAAAUUCACGUCCUUUGCGAAGAUGACGGGAGGGUUUUGGCCUAUGAUCAUCUGCAGCCCAAGUUCUCGUUGGCUUUUCUUGCUGAAAACUCUGCGAAUCUCUUUAACGGCGAACGGCCAUGUAAUUACCGGUUGGUGGUGAGCCCAGAGGGGGAGCUGAUGCUGCUGAUCAGUCAUUGUGAGUCGGUGGGUGGACGAGUCAAGAGAUUCAGUAUUUACAGGGCGAAGGAAGACGGGAGGAGAUGGAGAUGGGAUGCGGUUGGGAGUAUUGGGGAUUAUGCUCUGUUCUUCGAUUCGAGCCGUGCUGUUUAUGUGUCCGUCAGAGAUCAUCCGGAGUGUAGAAGGGAUUGUGUUUACUAUAUGGGGAAUGUAUACGAUCUCAAGAUGAACGAGUUUGUUCAUCGUUCAGGCGACGGUGGUCCUGCGGUGGGGAAUUGGAUUUUGCCGUCUAGUUAUUAGUUGGCGGUGACUAGCUGUAACUACGAGAUGAACAGAGCUGAGAAGACUUGGGGCGAGGUCGAGAUCAUAAGUGAUUACGUUAUCUUCUUUGAUUCUUCAUUGAAGUAUAUAAAUCAUACUGUUUAUUAUGAGCCGGGGAGAUAAACAAUAUAUCUUGUAUCAUAUAUUAGUUUGAUUAGUUUGGGGAUGAUAAAGACACAUAAAUAAUGGGU